CCUUGUAUUUACCUGCAUUUCCGCAGUCUGCGCAUCACUGACCUUGUUCCCGGUCUAUCUUCUUUACUACCCAAGCAAUGAGUGCAUACUCGACAUAACAAUUCAUAUCACUCACCCUGACGCGUCGUUCACAGACGAACAAUAACCCGUUAAUCCGCUCACUGCACAGGAGUCAAAAAGAUGGUGGGCAAAAAGAGUGGAAAGGCCCUUCUGCGCGAGGAGGGCCUCGAAAGAACAGACAAUAACAUGGAGUUAACUUCUUGGCCUCAAAUCAUCGCUAUCAAUCAAAAGAAUUAUUACACAGAGUACCUCAAACGAGACGAACAGAUUUUGGCCGUCCGAUCUCAACAAGAGGAAGCCCGAAACAAGCUGAUAAAGCAACAUAAAGACAGGGACAGGGCAUUGGCGCAAGGAAAGGCUGUCGGACCUGACGGCGACAUCGACAUGGAGGAGGGCGAGGACGAGGAGGAAGCUGAAGACGAACUUUCCAGUGGCGCAAAGACUAUUGUCAUUCAUCUUGGUUCGCAGAACCUUAGAGUUGGCCUUGCGAAUGACGCUCUUCCCAAGACCGUACCCAUGGUCAUUGCGCGACGUGCUCCCACUGCUGAAAGCGAAGACAACGAUGGCGAACCUGCACCAAAGCGAGCCAAAUUGGACAAUGGUCGGUAUCCUCCUGAGCCAGAGAAGCGUUUCGGGGAAGACUUCCAGAAAAAGUUCUCGGGAAUGUCGAAUGACCUGAAAGUCAGGAUGAGAAUGAACAAGAGAAAAGUACUUCCCCAGUCCAGAGACAUGGUCACAAGCUAUAAUCGAAGGAAUACAUAUGAGACCAUAACAGAACACAACGACACCAUGCGCAUAGAAUGGACUGACACAGAAGGCGAUGAGAAAGGCCCACCGGAUUGUAUCACUGGGAAGGCUGCCUUACGAAUCCCAGACGAAUCCACCCCCCGGUAUCGACUCUACUGGCCGAUUCGGCUCGGCUGGCUCAAUGAGGCAGAGUAUCCUUCGAAACGCUUUCUAUACGAAGACAUCCGGCUGAUCAUCGAGGAUGCGAUCAAGUCCCAACUGGAGCUCAAGAUUCGCACUCGGAGCGAUUGGGGUCAGUAUAGUUGUGUCAUUGUCAUUCCCGACUACUAUGAGCGAAUGUACGUGACGAGUCUUCUUGACAUGGCCAUAACAGAGUUCGGAUUCGGCCGAGUGUGCUUCAUUCAAGAGAGCUUGGCUGCUUCCUUCGGUGCUGGUUUCACUACUUGUUGCAUAGUCGACAUUGGUGCGCAAAAAACGACAGUUUCAUGUGUUGAAGAUGGCAUGGUGAUCGAAAAUUCGAGAGUCAACCUGAAGUACGGAGGCAAAGACAUCACCGAAGCAUUCGUCAAGAUGGUCAUCUACAAUCACUUUCCGUAUGCGGAGAUCAACCUCAACCGGCGUUAUGAUUUCCAGCUUGCAGAAGAACUGAAGCAAAAAUUCUGCACCAUGAAUGAGGCCGACAUCUCUGUUCAACUAUACGACUUUCAUCUUAGGGCUCCUGGACAGGACACUAGGAAGUACACAUUCAAGAUAUACGAUGAAGUCAUCUUGGCACCGAUGGGGCUAUUCAAACCACACAUUUUCAACGACGCAGGGAAACUCGAAGGCCGCCGGAAAUUGAUCGACAAGUCUUACGACAUAUACGACGGCAAGCCCAAUGACCCAAGUUCGAGUGCGCAGGCAGAAAUCCUCACCUCAAUCGCCCCAGAAGAAGUUUUGACCACGACUAAGCCUAACGUCAAAACAAAUGGCGUCACCAAUGGCAUCACGAACGGCACGACCAACGGCACGAAGGAAGAAGCCGCCCACAACGUAUCUCGUCGUCCAUCGUUCAGCAACAUCAAGGAAAUGGAUGCUACGCCUCAGCCAUCUGCAGCGAGCUCUCCUGCCCGACAGAUAGAUGGCACGCCUCAGCCAGAAGACGCCGAGGGUGCCGCCCCUCGAGAAGAGAAGCCCAAGGUUGAAGAAGAGGUAGUAGAAGAGCCCUUGAGUAUCGAGCGACGCGACGAUAUCCUACCAAUCUACCCUCUACCCAACGCCAUUGUCACGUCCAUCACUCAUGCAGCUAAGAACUCGCCUCAGAAGACCAGCGAUCUGCUCAGCAGCAUCAUGCUCACAGGAGGCACCAGCAUCAUCCCGGGUUUGGCAGGGCAUCUAGAGGAUACUCUCAAAGGCAUAUUGCCCGGCUACAGCAAGGACAUCCUCAUCUCACGGCCUCCAAGGGAGUUGGAUCCACAGGUGGUGGCGUGGAAGGGUGGUGCAGUCUUUGGGCGGAUGAGCAGGACCAAUGACAGCUGGGUUACCCCUUUUCUGUACGAGAGAUUAGGCGAUCGGGUUCUUGCCCACAAGCUGAUGUGGGCAUGGUGACCGAAACAAACUACUUUCCCUGCUUGUUGAUACCGGAGGCUUUACUAUUCAGCAUAGAACUGUGCUCUUUGGCUCAGACCAUUUAGACUACCAAAAAGCUGUGCAACACAUAGUCUUCCGGUGCUUAUAUCUUGUUGUAUGACAUAUCGGGGGCCGGAAGCUGUCCUCAUUAUUGGUGCCAUACUCCCUUCUUGACGUGGACUUGAUUCGUCCAGUAGACUUUAAUGUUACCAGAAUGAUUAAAUAGGGUGAGGAUUGCAAUUAUCGGUCUGAAUAGGAGCGAUUGCUCCUGCGCGAUAAAAC